CAUGUAUGGAUGCUAAUAGCCUUUUCGACGCUUUUGUUGCGGCCACAAAUUUCACUAAAAUUCAACAAUUAUUCAGUCAACUUUGUGCUUUACUAAAUAUCGACCCGUAUGAUAAUUUCAACGUUUUCAAAAAGUUGAAAGCACAAUUAAAUGACUGGCGUGCACAAAAGCUGUGGUCAUUAUUGGUCAAGCGAGCAGAACAAAAGGAAUAUUGUAACCAGAAAGCAUGUAGACGAUUAAGCGUGCUUGUCAUCGGAGCGGGACCAUGUGGUUUGCGUUCUGCAAUUGAAUGCGCGCUUCUGGGAGCCUAUGUUGUGUUAGUGGAGCAGAGAGACUGCUUUUCGAGAAAUAAUGUUUUACAUAUCUGGCCAUUUGUUAUUCAGGAUCUCAAAAAUUUUGGGAUUAAAAUCUUUUAUCCUAAGUUUUGUAGAGGAAGCAUCGAUCAUAUAAGUAUACGCCAAUUACAAAUAUUUUUGGUGAAAAUAGCUCUGGUUUUGGGUGUUCAAAUACAUGAUUCUGUUGCUUUUCAGCGUCUAAUUUUUCCUCAACCAGAUCAAUAUGGCAAAGUUAGCGGAUGGCGAGCAGAAUUUGAUCCUCCUGGGCACAUACUGUCGGAGUUCGUGUUUGAUGCGUUAAUUGGUGCGGAUGGGAAACGUAAUACUGUUCCAGGUUUUCCAAAACGGGAAAUGCGUGGUAAGUUGGCAAUUGGAAUAACUGCCAAUUUUGUGAAUCAACGAACACUUGCAGAAGAGAAAGUGCAGGAGAUAAGUGGAGUUGCUUAUAUUUUCAACCAACAGUUUUUCAAAGACAUGAAGAAAGCAACUGGUGUUGAUUUAGAAAAUAUCGUUUAUUAUAAAGAUGAAACUCAUUAUUUCGUAAUGUGUGCUAAAAAGCAAAGUUUGUUAGACAAAGGAGUCAUUGUUGAAGAUAAUGACGAUGUAUCGGUGUUGCUUUCUCCAAGUAAUGUGAAUCAAGAAAAAUUAUGUGAUUAUGCAGCAACUGCAGCUGAUUUUGCUACUGGAGGUAAAUUACCAUACUUGAAAUAUGCUGUAAAUCAUAAUGGAAAUGAAGAUGUUGCAAUGUUUGACUUUACAUCGUUGUUUUCGGCACAGUGUUCAGUAAGAUUAGUGGAACGUCAUGAUCGCCGUUUAUUAAUGGCUAUUGUGGGAGACAGCUUGCAUGAAGUAAUUUCAUUUAUUCCUUCAUAUGUGUUUGUUUGUCUGCAGCCUUUUUGGCCAACAGGUUCAGGGUGUGCAAGAGGUUUUUUGGGUGUUUUUGACACUGUUUGGAUGCUAAGAAGCUAUGGAUUGAAUAAACAAGGUUUAGUGAUACUUCUGGCUGAACGAGAAAGUGUUUAUCGUUUAUUAGCUCAGGCUAAAUCAGAUAAUCUGCAAAAACAAAUUCAUAAGUACACAAUUGAUCCAAAAACGCGUUAUAUAAGUUUGGAAAUGACAGUACAACCUCACGAGAUAAGUCAUUUAAUUGAUACGGACAAUCCGAGAAAUGUAGAAACGAAUCAAGCCCUGCCUUUGCGAGUUUCUGAGACUGAUGAUUGUGUGAGCCAAACCUAUAAAUUAUGGAGAUUCUGUCAUCAAGCAUUAUUUGCGUAUCACCUGCACAUUGUCAAUUUUGGAGACAGCUGGGAUAAUGGGCGUGCCUUGGCUGCUUUGUUGGGAAAGUUUCGUCCAGAUUUAAUAGAUUAUUUAUCACUUUGUAUCGCGGAUGAUCCCAGCUCAUUUAUUGAGCAAGUGUUUACAAUAGUUAAAGAAACAUAUGGUAUUGAACCACCAUGCACAAAUCACACUGAGUGGCUCAAUACAGACGUUGAUUCACGAAUCGCUUAUAUAAGUGGUAUCGUUGAAGCUUUAGAGAAGGAUGCACACCGAAUGCGAGAAACACUAAUGAAUGCGAUUAGAAUAAGCACAAUGUCACAUAAAAGAAAAGCAACGCGACAGGUAGAUGUCUCACGUGCUAAAAAAACUGAGCCAAUUCGUCGUCGAGCAACCGAUCUUCUCAGUGCUUUCUCAUCUACUACUUUCUGGACGGAAAAUGAAAAUUUACUAACAAAAAAAAGUACAGAAAAGAACCAGCAUGAAUUUCAUACAGAACAAAGCAUGACGGCAAAGUCAUCUGAUGACAACGUUACUGAUCAUUCUAAACUUUGCAAACGUCUAGACACAAAUUUUUUUGCACGGUUACCAGAAUCAGAAUCAAAGAAGCAUUGGACUCGAAGACCUGCUGUUGAUAAGCUGAAUCCUGAGCGACUGUAUGCGGUUGAAAAGAUUAUUAGUGGGGAAUUAGAGAAAGAAAAAACUCAAGAAAUAUAUCGCAGCAAAUAUCGACUUGCAAAUCUUCUAACAAAAAAGAUGGACAAGUUCGAUAUUGACGAAAUGAAGUUGAAACUGGAGCAAACCGCCAUGGGAUUAUUGUUCAAUAAAGAACAAUACCGUGUUCUUACAUCUAAGGAAGAAAAAAUCGUCUGCACGAACGCUGCAGCAGCGCGACAGACCGUAAAAGAAGGUUUCAGACAUCAUGAUGAUGGAAAAUUCAAGGAGAUUGAUGAAAAAUUGUCGAAGGCAGAAACAUUACUGAAGAAUCAGAAUUUAGCCGGUGUAGAUAUUGUCUCCAGAACAAAGAAGAAAAGUGGCGUGGUAGCUCCUGGUGGAAAAAAACCUCCUUUACCUGUGCCUCCGAAAAAAGUUAGUUCGCAAAUGAAGAAGACAAACUCAGUGGCAUAUUAUUCAGAUAAUCAAAAUAUUUCUCAGAAUAAAUCGUCUCCAAACUGGUCGAGGCCAUAUUCGAUAGCUGUCGAUCAGCUGACUUACGACAGUGUUAAUGCUCGUCGGCAAAUGAUAUGUCAGUUGUGUUUUACAGCCGUUUAUUUAGCUGAGCGAAUACAAGUGGAAGGGAUGUUCAUACAUAAAAAAUGUUUUCGUUGUGCGUUUUGUGAGCAACCAUUGCGACUUGGUAAUUGCAGCCAAGAUCGAAAUCUUCAAAAUUAUAAUCCACGAUUUUUUUGCAUGCAGCAUAUCAAUCUACCAGUUUCAGAAAAGAUUACUCGUAUAGAAAAAAAUGGUAUUCGUAAAUUGACCGAUUCUUCAGCAGCGACUAAUUUAUCAACUGUGAAUGCUAUCAUUGGAAGUGUGGUACCGCGUCCAAAUCAACCUACUGCACCUGCAGCUCUGGAACGAACUGGAAGGAAUUCACCAGCUGUGCUACUUGGCAAGACAAUGGAAAAAAUGCGUGUCCAAAAAGAAGCUCUUGGUACACUUACAUCAUCCACACUUAAAUGUCAGACUCCAGAGCGCGCCGAAUUCGGAUCUUAUGGCUCGAAAGUUGGUUUUCUAUCUUACUCUAUAAAUGCUACUAUCUACUUAAAAAACUUUUUGUUGAGAUGGAUUACCUUGAUAUCUUAAUU